GUUUUAUAAGAGCAAUGGCGCAGCUUCCAAAAGAAGUGAUUACCCAGCCAAGGGGGAGGAGCCUCCUAUUCAUGCAGGCCAUUAUCUGUGGCUGAGAGCUUGUUUAAGGGUCAUCCUGCAGACACAUCUGCUCCAGCAGGACUGCAGCUUAUCAGCACUGACCAACACUGCAGAAAGCUCGGGUUAAUACCAGGUUAUUUUCAGGAUCUGAUGAGUGUGAAAAGACAACAUGAUGCCCUGUAACACCCAUAAAACCUGCUUCAGCAAGAAAAGACUUGGCCAUGGGAGUCAGAAAAGGGCUGAGGGUCAAAAGUCCAGAGUGACCACCAAGGCUGACAGCGACCCCAAGCAACAAUGGAGCAGGACAAAGAAGACCACAGGAUUCUCACAAACCCCCCCAAACCAGCAGGCCGUAAAGACAGAGAUGGAAACUCCUGUACCCUGGACAUCAUCUCUAACCGUGUACCCUGGACAGAGCGAGUGGCAGGAGUAUCAGACUGCUCCACACAGGAGAUUCCCUCGUGAACAGGUGCACUCUGUGAUGAAGAGCAUAGUGGAGGCACGACUUGGAGAAGCUCAGUAUACCAGCAGCUGCUCCGCAGUGGCCAGAGAGCUCUCAGACUCCAUUAAAGAAGCAGCCAAAAGCCUCUCGUAUGAGCGGUACAAACUGAUUUCAUACGUGGCCAUCGGGCAGCUCCGAGACUCUGAGGUCACGUGCUCAAGCAGAGGGGUCUGGUGUCCAGCAGCGGACACGUUCACAGAAUACACCUUCAAAAACGAUCACCUUUUUGCUCUUUGUGUACUUUUUGCUGUAUAUCAGGAGUAGAUUAAAAUGAUGGAAGACUGUUUUAUAUUUUAGAUUCUUCAAAGUAGCACCUCUUGCUUAGAUAGAGACAGUUUUGCACAUCUUGGCUGGAUUUUCUCAGUCGGCUUCAUGAGGAAGAGUCACCUCAAAUGUCUUUCAGUUAACAGCUGUGCCUCGUCAAGAGUUAAUUACUUUUAAUUACUUUCUUGCCUCUUAUUCAUAUUAUGGCAAGAACUCAACUACUCAACUAAGUAAAGAAAAAAAACUUUAAGAAAUGAAGGUCAGUCAAUCCAAAACAUUUCAAGAACUUUGAAAGUAUCCCCAAGUGCAGUCGCAAAAAGACCAUCAAAAAUAUUAUGAUGAAACUGGCUCUCAUCAGCUCCACCUCAGGAAAGGAAGACCAAGGGUUUCUCAGUUCCUCAAAGUUACCAGCCUCAGAAACUUCAAGUUAACAGAUUGACUCCAGAUAAGAGCCACCUAAAUGCUUCACAGAGUAUUUUGGUUUGUUUAACACCUUUGAUUUUACUGCACAAUUCCUUAUGUGUUCCUUUAUAGUACUGAUGGUUUCAGCAUUAAUGUAAGGGAGAAAAAAAAUUAAACAUUAAAUGAAAAGAUGUUUUCAAACA